UCAUCAGGACCGGCACCUCAACCACCUGAACAGGUAGACGGCACACUCCGAGGCUUCAACAGGCUGCAGCAGGCAGGUGAUGGUGUCAGGAUGUCUGAGGGGAGGCAGCGCACUUUGUCUACAUCUGGAGAGUCUCUGUAUCAGAUACUGGGUUUGGAAAAAGGCUGUAGCCAUGACGACAUCAAGAAGUCCUACAGGAAGCUGGCGUUGCGGUACCACCCUGAUAAAAACCCGGACAACCCUGAGGCGGCAGAGAAGUUUAAGGAGCUGAACAACGCUCACGCCAUUCUGUCUGACCUCAGCAAGAGGAACAUCUAUGACUCAUAUGGAUCUCUGGGACUCUACGUGGCCCAGCAGUUCGGAGAGGACAAUGUCAACACCUACUUCAUGCUGUCCACCUGGUGGGCCAAGGGUCUGUUCCUGGUCUGUGGGAUCCUGACUGGCUGCUACUGCUGCUGCUGUCUCUGUUGCUGCUGUAACUGCUGCUUUGGGAAACUCAAGCCCACGUCCACAGGUGAGGGGGCGGAGCCAGACUACAUUUCCCCUGAUGACCUGGAGGAGGAGAUACGCAAUGACCCCGACAAUGACACUGAGACUCCGAUUGUCCAGCAGCCGACGAACGCCAGCGAGAAAACUCAGCUGAUCACCGACGGACACCGCAGGUACGGAGACACCUACACAUGA